AUGGUCGCCGCAAAGAAGCACAUACCGAUCGUGAAGAAGCACAAGAAGCGCUUCAACCGCCACCAGUCAGACCUCUACAAAUGCGUCGAUGCUUCUUGGCGGAAGCCCAAGGGUAUCGACAAUCGUGUCCGUAGACGGUUCAGCGGCCAGGCUGCUAUGCCAAAGAUCGGUUACGGAAGCAACAAAAAAACCAGACACAUGAUCCCCUCCGGCCACAAGGUCUUCCUCGUUCAGAACCCCAAGGAUGUCGAACUUCUACUGAUGCACAACCGGACCUACGCUGCUGAGAUUGGCCACGCGGUUUCAUCAGGAAAGAGAAUCGACAUCAUCGCCAAGGCCAAGCAACUCGGCGUCAAGGUCACCAACCCUAAGGGCAGACUCACCACUGAGUCGUAG